CUUAUAGCAAAAAAAAAAAAAAGAUAAAAAUUCUCUCUCAUCUAUAUCUUCACUCUCUCUCUCUCUCUCUCUUUCUAUUUUUCUCUCUCUCUUUCUCAACCGAAAGAAUCGAAAGCCCUCUCUUCUCUUUCUAGGGUUUCUGCAUAUUUCGCGCUCAAAUUAUGCCGGCGGUGUAGCGAAUCACAGCUCCGAGCUGUACUUUAUUGCUUCUUCGGUGAAUGCUCUUUCGUUCGGUGUUAUUUUUACCGGAAGCCGUUGAGAAUCGGUUAAGCAGCUGGAAGAGAUCGUGUACGGUGAUCCACAGGAAGCAUAUCGGGGCUUCUAGCUGCUGUUACUUGUACAGUGCAGAUGUGCAUGCACAGUAGUGGAGAAUUAUUUGCCAGGUGAUUCUAAUAUUGUCGGACUUCAUGGGAUCGUCAUAUAUCGAGAUCGACUCAAUCACUAUUGAUCUUGCCAGUUCCAUUGGUAAGAGGGAUGCGGGAAAAUGUGAACAUUUCUCAAUACGUGAAUAUGUCUCGGAAGUUCGAAAAAAAGACUGGAAACUUUGUUGGCCAUUUCCAAUAGACGAGUCUGAAAAGCAACCAUCAUUUCCACCAUUAGACGUACCAAAACACCGUUGUCCAAACUCUCAAAAAGAAAAUGCUGCGCAAGACAUUCCUAAAGAUAACCAAGCAGACUAUAAUCGUUGUAUUACUGGAUGCAGAUCUGAUACCAACUGUAGUAAUGCAGCUCUCAAACCUUGUAUUCAGAAAGAUCCAAUGUCUAGCAUUAUUGUGAGAAGAGACAUUGAUCUUAAUACCAAACUGAGUGGUUUCGAUGGCUGCUUACCGAUUAGUAUUGAGAAAGAAAAGAAAGUCGGAGUUGAACUCAGUAGAAGAAUCGACCUUGAGAUCGGAUUGGAAGAUAAUCUCAAUCAUCAAGCAGAAAGUGUUCCAUCCCCAAAAGUUUAUCCCGGCUAUGCACAAGAAGUGCACACAACUGAAAGAGGCUGUGAAAGUAAUGGAGUUUCUAAUGUUCAGUUUGCUAACAAUUUUACAUACACGGAUAAGAAUUCUGCUGAGAUUUGUUAUGGAGGAACACCUUCUGCAGAUAACCAAUGCCAGAAAGAAUCAGUAGCAACAGCUGUGGAGACAGAUAAUAAAUGUGAUCACACAACUGGACCACCUAUUGAAUCAUUUGCUUGUAAUCAAGAAGUACCUGCAGGAAGUACAGACAAUAUGGUUGAAGAUGAUUUUCAGGAUAGUCAUUCAGAAAAGUCCAUGGGUGUGUCUCGGAGGAGACCUCGGAAGGUGCGUUUGAUGACUGAUUUGUUGCGUGAAAAUGCUGAAUCUAAGACAGAUAAAACUGCCAUACAAGAAUCCCCAUUCUAUGGCACUUCCAAUACUUCUGCAGCUUCACAGGCACGCUCAAUUUUCCCAGGAAAGGUGGAUUUUCAAGGAGAUAUGACUUUAACAAAUAUGGGUCUGAGUAGAAAAAGGAAAAUUGUCCUAGAUGAAGUACGAAGUACGGAAACUAUGCAUUUUCAGAGGGAUGGAUUUGAAGCUCAAAACUUAGAGGGGAAUGCAAAAACAACUGUUACUAUUUUCAAUAAGAAAUCGAAUUCCAAAGGUGUACUAGCAGGAACAGGUUUACAAGUUUCUGAGAAAGGUAACUGGAGUAAAUCUGAACAUGAAAGAAGCCAUAUUAUGGGUAAGAAGAAGAACAAAAAGAAUCAAGUUGUAGAAAAUUUCUUGACUCCUGAGCCACAAGGACAAAGAAGACAAAAUGAAGAUACUGUGUAUACUACCGAUAAGUCAUAUGGAUCUAAAACUGUUUCUUCUAGAUUAACUCCUUCUGUGUUUACAAAGAAAGGGAUGGAUAGUUUUCCUUUCCACACCCUAAGAAUAGAAAACGAGUUCCAGCCAUCCAAAGAAAAGGGGAAAAUGCUGCAAACCGAUGAAGAACUUAAUUCUUUUUCCAGCCACAGAAAUGACAUGCUUGUCAGAGAUUCAUUUGCAUAUUCAGGGGUAAAAAUUAGGUCUAGUGUGCCUGCUGAUGUUCCAAUUCCUUCGGUCGAAGGGGCGAUGAAUGGAAAAGGACUGGAGGAGGGGUUGCAUCUUUCUUUAAACAAUCAUAUGUCAGAACAUGGUUACAACAAAAAAUGCAUCCAUCAAAUAGAAAACCGCCUUCCCUUCUCAUCUUCUUUUCAAGAGAGCACUUCAAAAGUACCUAAUCUUAAUAGAAAAGACAGUGAAACUAAUGUUUUUGGAGGACCAAGCAUUCCUUUCAGACACACAACAAAUACUAUUUCUGGAAAAGGAAAUCACUAUGAAGAAAUUACUGGUGCAAGAAAUACAGGAAAAACUGUUGAAGCUGCGGAACAGCUAGGCAUUAAUAAAACAUACAAUGAACAAGCAGCUGAGGUGUCUGAGCAGGGAACACUAGAUGAUAUACCCAUGGAAAUUGUGGAACUCAUGGCAAAGAAUCAGUAUGAGAGGUGUCUCCCUGACGUAGAAAAUAGAGGCUCAAUAUUUGAAAAAUCCUCUAUCAGUAGGAACGCUCUGAUGACAUCUGGUAAUGCUGUUUACGGCAAAGGAAAGAUGAGCUUGUCAAAAGAAGGGCAGAAGCAGAAACCAAAGGGAAGACCCAAGAAAAAUAACACGGUCACAAGAGGAGAGAAUGUGAAACCUUGCAAGAGAAAGCCAAAUCAUUACUUUUCUCCAUUCAAUGGAAGUAAUUUGGGAGUGAAUAAUCCAUAUCCACCUCAACCAUCCUUUGGAUUCGAAGUUCCGCAGUCCCAAAAGAAGCUAUCGAAUGAAUUCCAGUUUUCGCCUAUGAUUUCUAACCAGCUUGGUAGUGCACGGAAUAUCAAGUUUAAUGGGAAUCUUGAAGAGCGCACGCCCUCUAAUGCUACUUUGCAAGCCCUGGGAGGAUGUAGCUUACACAAGAAUAUUUUACAGCAGGAUAAUGAAGCUUCUCGCAUUUGGGCAUCCUUGGCCUCAAAUCGCACUUCCUUAGGGUAUGAUGUAUCACAUAAGGCUGCUUCUCAACCUAGUAGUAGCAACAUGGACAUAACUUCACUCCGAUCUGGUGCAGUACAUACGCAGAACUUGAGGAGGGAUAUUGAUCUUAACUACACUAAUAUCAAUGCUACAGGCCAAGAAAAGCAUAGUAGGAAUACAGGUGCUGGAGUCUUCAGCAGGCUGAAUGGAGAAUACUCAUAUCCUUGCAAACAUAAUGGAAUAGAGCCUCAUCAAAAUUUGAGGGGAUCUUUGGAUUUGUAUUCUAAUGAGACAAUACCUGCCAUGCAUUUACUUAGCCUUAUGGAUGCAGGCAUGCAGUCACGUACACCCUUCAAUGUCGGUGUUAAUGCUCAAAUGCUCAAUAGACCCUCUUAUCCUGGUGAUUGCAAUACCAAGAUGGACAUAAGUACUUCUAAAACCAAUGGUACCCUGAAAAGGCAGUCGUCUGAUUACUACAACAGAAGCUACUUAUCGGAUAAACAGCAUGGCUGUUUAAUCGGCUCUCAAACCUUUGGCGCGUCUUCGUCAGCUCAGCAAGGAAAGAAGUUUGCAAAAGAUGCGGGAUCCAAUGGUCAAAACUCCAAUAGUCAAAAUUCAACAAAGUUUGGAAAGAAAGAAAAGAUGAGGAGUUCCAAUGCACCCCUACCGAAUAGAUUUCUUAAGCAGUGUAACUUGUCUUAUAACGAAACAAAAACUUCCCAGCAACACAGGUUUGAAGUUCACGGUACUCAUACCUCUGUGCCAUUAAAGAUCACACCCGGCAUCUCAUGUACAGUGAACAGAAAUCCAGCUGAGUUCACCGUUCCGGAAACAGGGAAUGUCUAUAUGAUCAGAGGAGAGGAUCUCAAAUUUUUUAAUAGUAUUCCCAAAAACAAACAUUUUUUCCCUAUUCCAUGUGGACACAAACAGCAGAGAAGUUUGAAAGAAACUAAAAUGAAAGAACAUUCACAACAUUGAAGUCCUCCUCUGUUCAGUGAUUCGCAGGUCGAACCUUUCAUGCAAUGCAAGAAUAGCAAAUGAUUUUCGUCUCAGUGUAGAAGGUGAUCUUUGACUUGGAAUCUGAUAUUGAUUGAGUCGGGAAAGAGUUAGCGAGAUGCCACGUUGAAAGCUGAAUAGAAGACAACCAUGCAAAGUAUUAUGCAAUUAACCUGUUGUAAUUUUAGAAAAACUUACGUGCUUCAUAUGUAAUGUUUGGUGUUGUAAAAUUUAUGGGGAGUCUAUCUAGCCCCUUAAUAUUUUAAAGUUGUAAGAUGUCAUAAAGUUUAUGGGGGAAAACUCAAUAGCCCCGUAUAGACUUAAUAUACUAUGGUUACAAUUCAUACAA